AAUUAAGCUUGAACUCUGACUCAACUUCAACUGAUCCUGCCUAUUGUUUCUUGAUCCAUCUCUACAAAUUAAUCCAGCGCUCAGCCUAUUCAACAAAAGGAGAAAUGCCUUCCCCACAACGAGUAGUCCUGUCUGCCAUUCUGCUGGGCGGAGCCUUAGCUACCGGCCCACCAAGCUCCCAGAACUGUUCAAAAGUUUGCGAGUCAGUCAGCAAAUUGUACCCUUCCGAAAUUGUAUUCCCCUCUUCACCCGGCUUCCAGACCGUUCAGCAAUCUUACUGGAACUUGUUCCAACGUGAGGCUGCACCGUCUUGCUUUUUCCAACCUACCACGAGCGAGCACGUCUCGAAAGCUAUAACCCAGGUGGUCAAGGAAGAUUGCCACUUUUCUAUCAAGGGGGGUGGCCACUCUUCCAAUGUUGGAGCCUCCAGCAUCACCGGUGGCUUUCAGUUCGACCUCGCCAAGCUGAGAGAAUUCAAAGUCUCAGACGACAAGAAAUCCGUGACUGUGGGCCCAGGAUGGCGCUGGGGUGAAUUGCUCCAGCAGCUAGAGCCACUUGGAGUCAUCGCAGUCGGGGGCAGGGAUACCGGUGUCGGUGUUCCUGGUUUCGUGUUUGGUGGCGGUUUAUCAUAUUACUCAGCCCUUUAUGGCUGGGGUAUAGACAACCUCAUCUCGACAGACAUUGUGCUUGCGGAUGGCUCUCUUGUGACUGCCAACCAGACGUCUCAUCCUGAUCUUUUCAAAGCCUUGCUUGGAGGCGGUGCACACAACUUUGGCAUCAUCACAGCCCUCAAGCUUGAACUACAUCCUUAUGACGGAAUGUGGGGCGGUUAUGUUCUCCAUAAGGGCGAUCAGAUCGAUCACAUCUUCGCAGCCUAUGAGAAGUUCUUCCAUAAGCUGCAGAAAGAUCAAAAAGGCCAUAUGAUCUUAGAUAUCACCCGCGUCAAUGGAUCAAUUGCAGCUGUUGAGUUCAUCGGCUAUCCGGAGCCAGUCGAGAAUCCCCCUCUAUAUAAUAGCAUUUAUGCUCUCUCAAGCUCUGCUAAUACGCUCCGUCUGGCUAAUUAUACCGACCUUGCAGCGGAAAUGGCCGUGGUAACCAACUCAAGGGGCCUACGUAACACAUACCGGACCUUGACCAUUGAGUAUGAUGCUGAGCUGCUCAGAGAGAUCUUCGACACCUGGGCUGAGAUCACCGAACCUCAUGCUGCGGUAAUUACUGCAAGCUUGGAUAUCAACGUAAUCACCAGUCAGAUGAGGAAUAGGUCAUCUCGUACUAUCAAAAACACUUACGGUCUCGGAGGGGCUACCAACCAGCUGAUUAUCGUCAUGUUCUCAUUGUCCUGGGAUGAUGGCGCACAAGACACGACCAGUCAUCGUUUAGUACAAGAUUUAGGAAAUGCUGUCGAAAACCUUGCCGACCAAGUUGGCAAAUUGAAGCGCUUCAGGUAUAUGAACUAUGCUCACAUAGAGCAAGAUGCUAUUGGGAGCUUUGGAGACAGUAACAAAAAGUUACUGAAGCAUGUCGCCAGAACCUAUGACCCUCAUGGUGUGUUUCAAUGGUUGCAGCCAGGGGGCUUCAAGCUGGAUGGUCAGAAAAGCUAGGCCGUUUUACGCGGAGGGGACUGGAUAAGAAGGCUGUCAUCUUCGAAGUAAUAUAGCUCUAGUUAAACUUCU